CUGACCUCAGAGAGAAGUGCGACUCUUUGCCGUUCCUCCCUACAAGAGUUUCCUGGAUAUUCCCCAAAGCCAAGAUGAGAGUCUUCUUCAGCUUGAUCAUCUUCUCUUUCAUACUGGCUACAUGUCAAGGAGCUUGCAUGUUGGAUCCCUUUAAAGUCAAGUUUGAAGAUGGUAAAGUGGUGAAGCCAAACACAUGCGUUGAUCCCUUUGAUCGGACAAGGCAUCUCCUUGGGUCCACCUGGAAUACAGCUCAUUGUUUGAGAUGCGAGUGCCACAGAGACGGGAUGUCGUGCUGCACCAGACCUGCUGGUAUUGAAGGAAGAGCAGGAUGCAAAGGAGUG